AUGGGUAUUCUUCAAAAGAUGGCUUGGUCCAAGAGCACCAGGAUCAAGGUCAUGAUCGCUAUCGACACUGUCUUUUUCCUCGUCGAGAUCGUCUCUGGUUUCCUUGCCCACUCUCUUGCUCUUAUGGCUGAUGCCUUUCACAUGCUCAAUGAUAUUAUCUCCUUGGUCAUUGGUCUCUGGGCCGUGUCUGCCGCGCAAAAGACUUCUACUGAUGAGUUCACUUUUGGCUGGGUUCGCGCCGAGAUUCUAGGUGCUUUCUUCAACGCCGUCUUCCUUAUCGCUCUUUGUGUCUCCAUCGUCCUCGAAGCCCUUACCCGAUUCAUCGAACCCCCGGAGAUCGACAACCCCAAGCUCAUGCUCAUCGUCGGUACCACCGGUCUACUAUCCAACUUUGUCGGUUUCUUUGUCCUCGGUGGCCACGGCCACUCCCACGGACCUGGUGACCACGAUCACGACCACGACCAUGAUCAUGGACAUUCGCACAGCCAUGUCCACGAUGCCGAGGAGGGCAACGCCGGAUACCACAGCGCUCUUGCUGAUGAAAGCGGCCGCGCCGCUGAGGUUCUACCCGAGGCUGUUAUGCAACGCGCAAAUACUUCCCGAAAGUCCAACGGAAAAUCCAACGAGAACAACCGACACUCACGAGGCCGCGACUAUCAUCGAUCCAGUAGGAGUGGACAUUCUCGUUUCGCUAGUCUUGAUGACUUGAGCAUCCACCCCGCAAGUUUCCGACAGAGCAUCAUCGAAGCCACCCGUGGAGGCGAUGCCAACGAGGUCACGAGUGAGAGCGAAACUGACGCCGAGAACUCUUUGAUCUUGGAAGAGAAUGAGGCCAACGAAGAGUCUCCUCUUCUCAAGGGUGUCGCCAAGAAUGGCUCAUCUCUCGGUCACAGCAACUCCCACUCUCACUCCCAUUCCCGACGACCUCGACGAGACUCGAGCGUUCAUCAAGGUCACCACCACACCCUCCCCAAGGAUGCCAAGAAGAAGGAUAGCCACGGUCACAACCACGCUGAUAUGGGUAUGAAUGCCAUGAUUCUCCACGUCAUUGGCGAUAUGCUUGGUAACAUUGGUGUCAUGGUUACUGCUCUUAUCAUCUGGCUUACCGACUGGCCUGGCAAGGUCUACGCUGAUCCUGCCGUCUCCCUGUUCAUUACUGCCAUUAUCCUCAAGACAUGUAUUCCCCUCACCAGAGGCACUGCGCGCGUUCUUCUGCAGGCUACCCCUGAGCAUAUUAGCGUCCCCGAGAUUCGACAAGACAUCGAGGCUCUCCCUGGCGUUAUUACCUGCCACCACAUCCACGUAUGGCAGCUCUCAGACACCAAGCUCGUCGCAAGCAUGCACCUCCAGGUUUCCUUCCCCAUUGACUCUCAUAGUGGCGAGAAGUACAUGGAGUUGGCUCGUCGCGCUCGCAAGUGCCUCCACGGUUUCGGCAUUCACAGUGCUACUAUACAGCCCGAGUUCUGCUUCGAUUCGAAGCACGCUCACGAUUCCGACGCCGCUGCUCUUACCCUCGAUGGCGGAGCCGAUUCAAACAAGGGGGAUAGUUGCCUCCUCGAGUGUAUCGACGACUGCCAGGCGCAGGGCUGCUGUCCAGCCGACUCAUCAUCCAAGGCUUCAUCCACAAGACGGGCUAGUGAAUCGUCGCACAGCCCUUCCAGUCCUCGUGCGCAUGAACACAGUCACGACCAUGGUCAUGACCAUAGCCACAAUCACUAA